UUAAAGAUUAGCGGAAAGAUGGGUAAUGCUUGUACAAAUUCAAGAAAACCUUUCCCUGAUCAAUCGAUAUUUAAUUCAAUUCCCCCCUUCAAAUAUGAUCGAAUUCCUGAAACUGAUAAUUACGAUCCGAAACCCGGCAUCCAUAACUCAAUUUUGCAACAGAGAAACACUGAAAAUUUUAAGAAAAAAUUUAAUUUAGGUCAAGAACUUGGAAUAGGAUCUUCUAGUUCAGCAUUCGUAUGUGUUGAUAAAUCAACAGGGGAAGAAUUUGCAUGCAAAUUGAUUAAGAAGACAAAUUUGAUUACUAAAAGUCAAGUUAUUAAUCUGAAAAGAGAAAUUCAGCUAAUGUACCAUUUGUCAGAAAAUCCAAACGUCGCGUCAAUCAGAGAUGUUUACGAAGAUUCAGAAUCAGUAUACAUCGUUAUGGAAUUAUGCAGAGGUGGCGAAUUAUUCAAGAGGCUGAAAAAUCGCGGAAAAUGUCCGGAAUCUGAAGCCGUUAGUCUUAUCAGGAGUAUUAUUACAAUAGUUCAGAGUUUACAUACUUCCAAGGUUAUGCAUAGGGACCUGAAACUAGAUAAUUUUAUAUUUCUGAAAGAAGAAAAAGAUUCGCCUCUGAAAGUAGUCGAUUUCGGAUUCUCGACGUUUUUUGAAGCGGGCGACACGUUUCAUUCGGUUGUAGGAACUGUGUUUUAUGUUGCACCAGAAGUUCUGAAGAAGGAUUAUGGUUCUGAAGCUGAGAUGUGGAGUAUUGGUGUGAUUCUUUAUAUGUUGUUGAGUGGAGUCCCUCCUUUUGUGGCAGAAUCGGAAAAGAUGACAUUGGAAUUGGUUAAAAAUGGAAAUCUUGAUUUGGAUAAAAAUGCUUGGCCUGUAAUUUCAGAUUCUGCUAAAGAUUUGAUCAGAAAAAUGCUUGAUCGAGAUCCUUCUACUAGGAUUACUGCAACUGAAGCUUUGUGUCACCCUUGGCUUAGGAUCAAGAACUAAUAGUGGUAGA